UUUAGAAAAAAAUUGAAAAUGAGUGUAUUCAAAAUUGUUAUAGUUUUAUUAUUUGCGGUACUUUGGAACGAAAUUGAUUGCACAACUAGAAGGGGAAGAAAUUCGCGCACUCAAGGUGCUCAUCAACCAACUGAAGAAGCUCAGCCUUCAGGAGGAGACGAUGGAAAUACUCAGACAGCUAACCCAAAUCGUGUAACGAAUGCAAGGACUCAUUUAGGAAAUGUUGCUUUACUUGCCCGUCGACUAGCGGAAAUGAAUCAGAGAAAAGGAGGGCCACAGUAUGAUCAACAUCACAAUGCAGAGGAUGAGCAAACCCGCCAAAAUGAGCCUGGAGAGGAACUGGAUAAUCCGAUUGGAAGUGGAUUCCGAAUUCGUGAACAUUUGUUUGACGGUCAAAAUAUUGGCAAUAUGCAAGCUCAGUUAGAAUGGGCACAACCAUCUCCAACGAAUAACUAUUCUGUAUACAAUCCUAAUGGAUUAAAUUUAACUGUUGAUCUUUAUGGACCUCAACAACAGAAUGUAGGAACUAGUCAUGUCCGUCAAUCGGGAUCAAGAAGGACUAGACGUAAUAGAAAAAACGCCGCUCCUCCUCUUCGAUACGGAUAUCUUGCGCCAUCAGAUGAUGAACAACAAUGA